UCUCCCGUCACAGUUUCUGUACCAGCUCAAAGAGCUACAGUCCAAGCUCCCCAACUGCCAGGCUCCCUGGCCUCCCCUCCCACCCCAGGCCUGACCCAGAGUGGGAGGGGAGCAUCUGGAGGAGGGGGGAUCCCCCUGCCCAAUCUUCCUGCCCCUUGACAGUUCGAUGGAGUGGCCUCUAUCCCAGAUGACCUGGCUAGGAUUCCUCCUCUGGUUCUUGGGUUCCUGGACCCAGGCCUUUCGGAUCCAUAAUCCUGGGCUGAAUGCGUGCCUGCAGGUGGAUCCCCGGGGCGGGGAGCGGGUCUCCCUGGUCCCUUGCCACCCUGAGGCUGAAGGCCAGCAAUGGGGCUGGGACCCGGUCAGUCGAGCCCUCUUCAGCCUGCACGUCCCUGGGUGCCUCGCCGUAGGGGAAGCCCGGGAGUUUGCUGUGGCCCAGUUGAGCCACUGUGGCAGCCACCUCCCCCAGGCCUGGGGGUGUUCCCGUAAGGGCCACCUGAGCCUGCAGGGGCUCGGCCUCCACCUCCACGGGCGGCCCCACGCCCAGGAGAUCUUCGUUCUGCGUCGGAAGGACAAGUUCAGUCGUUGGAGGGCAGUGCCUGGCAUGGCGGGUGUCUGCUCCGAGACCUCUGGGCCUGGGGGAAGGGACCGCAGCCCUGAGAAGCCCAUCACGCCCGGAGCUGAAACCACUGUUUCUCUGCAGCAAAAUGAGGAAGACCUGUCUUUGUGGGACUCUGUAGUAACAGCAAAUGUCACUCCCACUAGCAACCUCACCUAUACACCUUCUCCAACAUGGGUGGAAGAACCCCUGUUAGCAGAGAGAGGAGCAAAUUGGAAGACAGCUAUGAUGGUCCUGAGCCUACUGGCCUGUGUCCUGGGAGUCUCCAUCCUCACCCUCAAUAUCUGUUAUAACAGGAAAAAGCAAAAGAAGACUCUAUCGGCCCUGGAGAACUAUUCCCAGAGUGGUCCCAGAGCCACAUUACUGCCUAAGGGAGAGCUAUCCCUUGGCCAGGGAAGCCCCGGAACCCCGGGUUCCCCUAUCUCCCCUUCCCCAUCCCUGCAGCACGGCGAGAUACUCAUCGAGUGGAAAGAUGGCAGCAUCACCCCUCUCUUCAUUGGCGCUGGGCAUCUGCAUAAUUAGUCGGACCUGCAUUUUUCAAUGGGCUGCCUUGUUUCUAAACCUGUCUUGAACUCUGCUAUGAGAGCUCAAGAGAGAGCGUGAAAAAGAGAGAAAGAGAAAAAAGGGGCUCAUCAGAACCUUAGACCUAAGUUCCCCUGGGAGACAGGGCUCAGUGGAUAGAGAGCCAGGCUUGGAGACAGGAGGUCUUGGGUUCAAAUUUAACCUCCAAGGCUUCCUAGGCAAGUCACUUAACCCCCAUUGCUGAGGCCUUACCACCCUUCUGCCUUGGAACCGAUACUUAGUAUUUAUUCUAGGAUAGAAGGUAAGAGUAAAAAAAAAAAGUUUAUUAGGCCUGUCCUUCCUCUGGAGAUUUCUAUGUGUGUGUGUGUGUAUAUAUAUAUAUAUUUUUUUUUGUAAUUAAUUUUUUUAUGUACAUGUAGUUUUCUCUCUAAGAAUAUAAGCUCUUUGAGAGCAUACUUUUUUGUUAAAA